AUGCUUGUUGACAAAAAGUUUCAGAGCUCUCCCAGCGCAAACCCCCGCCUUGGGUAUCGGGGGGAGGGCUUGCGAGGCAACCUCCCUGACGCGUCGAGCAGGGCAAGCACGCAGAGCCCCUUGCCCUGCCAGCCCCCUCCCGCUCCUGUUUUCUUCUCCACCUUUUCAGUAGCGACAAGGGAAUCAAGAAACGGAACUAAGGAUGCGCGGCGGAUGCCAGCCCGCUGUUCAGCCGCCACGCUGCGGGACCUGGGGAGGUCUGUUCGGGGAGCGCGGUUGUACAGCGGGAUAGAGGGCCGUUACGCCAUCUGCCCUUACGGCACGGCCGGACUGUACCAAGCUCCCCGCCCGCCCCUUCCUGGAGACACCCUCGUUCCGUACUCACCCCGUUCCCUCCUCUCCGCGCUACGCAGCCGCCCGCUCUGCACCGUCACUCGUAGGCAGUACGGUAGAGGCUUCUCCAGCCCCGCUCGAACGGGCGGGAAGAAGAGAAGAAGUGGUGGAGGGACGGGGGGGGGGGAAGUUGGUGGUGGAGGGAGGGGGGCGGCCACGAAUGCUGCUCCACAUCGGACUGCGACGUGGCUCGCUCCCCGCUUUUCGCCCCGGUAUUUCCCACUCACUUAUCUCCUCCGCUCCCGCCCCAAGGCAGACAGCCGUGGGGGACGAGGACACGUCUUUUGGGAGGGCCCUCCCUUCUUCAGGGUCCCGGCCAGGCAGGGUGAGGGGUCGAGGCUCAGCCUGUGGGGCCCAGCGGUGCUCGAGUUUGGGGCUGCUCGCGUCCCACGCCGAGAGCGGGGCUGUCGGGUCUCGGGUGCGUUGGCAGUUGGGGUGGGCAAGUCCCUCCGCGCACCAGGCAUCGCCCCCCCCGCCGCCUCUUGUUGUUAUCAUCACUAUUCCCUACUGCUGCUGCUGGUUAAUUUAAGGGGCCUCUGGAAACGGAGGCCGACGGCGGGGCCAGAGGAGACAGAGGGCACGGGGGGAAGCGUCUUCUCGGGGAAAGUGGGUUCUGCCGGCGGGCAGCACCCCAGGGGGGCAGUGGGCUCGGACAGAAGGUGCCUGUGCAUCGCUGCUGGAGCACCGGCGGUACCCGGGGAUAUACCAAUUGCCCCACUCAUUCCUUGGCUGGACUUUUUUUGGCAAUUUUCUCUCAGAGAACUCUCACUGCGAAUAAUACACCUGCAUUGCUGAGCAAAACAGUAGGCCACUCUGAAAACUACCUGUCCAGACAGUGAGAGAUGGGAUCGGGAUACUCGGUAGGUCCAUGGCACUCCCUGAAGAGAAUUCGGCUUUAAACAGGACACACUUCAUUCUCCUCUUCACCAGGCAAAAUUGCUUCAACUAUAUCAUAAGUAUUAAAUGUAUUUUUUUGUUUUAGUUAUUUGAACAACUUAAGGUAGACUUUAGUCCUACUGUUGCUAUUCAGUCAAAAUUUCAUUAGUGGAGGGAAUAUUUUUCCAGGCGAAGAACUGAGGACGGUCUCAAAAACGAGAAUAGAAAGUUUGCUGUGUUCUUUGGAU